AUGUCUUAUUCCUGCAUAGCUGCUGUUCUUGUCAGCCUGCCCUCCUCUCUGCCCCCCCUCCUCCUGCUGCUCCUCCAGCUGUCCCCCGGAGACGCAGGACAGUUCAGAGUGAUGGGCCCGGGGCAGCCCGUCUGGGCGCUGGUGGGACACGACGCGGAGCUGCCGUGCCGACUGUCCCCGGGGAGGAACGCCACGGGCAUGGAGGUGGGGUGGUACCGGCCCCCCUUCUCGCGGGUGGUGCACCUCUACCGCGGCGGCCAGGACCAGGCCGAGGAGCAGGCGCCCGAGUACCGCGGCCGCACGGAGCUGCUGAAGGACGCCAUGGCCGAGGGGAAGGUGGCCCUCAGGAUCCGGAGCGUGAGGUUCUCCGACGAAGGGGGGUUCACCUGCUUCUUCCGGGACCACGCCCACCAGGAGGAGGCGGCGCUGGAGCUGAAGGUGGAGGGAAAACUUCGGGCAGAGAUAGAGAACCUUCACAGGACUUUCGAUCCUCACUUCCUGAGGGUGCCCUGCUGGAAGAUCACCCUGUUUGUCAUUGUGCCAGUUCUCGGACCCCUGGCUGCCUUGAUGAUCUGCUACAACUGGCUACAUCGGAGACUAGCAGGGCAAUUUCUUGAAGAACUAAGUAAGUUCUCUCCUUCUUAUAAGCUGAAAACAAAAGCAGGAAAGUAG